AUGCCUUAUCCUCUCACUUAUCGUCGACCUGCCUAUGUGGACUCCGACAAUGGCUCUCGCGACUCGCUCAGCGGCGACGAGAAGCAGAAGUCUAUCGAUGAGUCGAUAUCGUCCGGCAGCUCAUGCAUGAGCGCUGGUAUCCCGGAAGCACUUUCGUUCGAUCGCAUUAUCUCUGGCGGUGUUUGCCCACCAUGCACCGUGCGCGACUUCAUGAACUACCUGAAGUACAUCGAACACUCGGCCGAGAACCUGCAAUUCUUCCUCUGGUAUCGUGCUUACUGCGCCAAAUGGGACGCACUUCCGCAGAGCGAGCGAGCUUUGGCACCUAUCUGGACCGCUGAGCAAGCAGAAGCCGAGCUGGCUGGCAAUACUGCUCACAGCCAGCCAAAGCAAGUCAACGCCCACGUCGCCGCUGCUCUGAAGGACACGGACUUUGCGGAUGGUGCGCCUAAAGUUACCAACGACAGAGCAGAUCCGUUCGAUACACCUGAGCACUCUUCCGUGGACGAGAAGCGUGGACCAAUGUCUGACUACGGUUCUUCCUAUGCCGAUGAGAAGACCUUGGCGAGUAGCUAUGUUGCUCAGUCGGUUGCCAGUCAGGCAUUCGAUGAGGCCGGCAUGAAGUGGAAGCCUUUCACGAUGCAACCCUACCGCGACGAAAUGAGCCGUGUCAUCAGCGUCUACAUCGCCGAAGGUAGCUCACGAGAACUCAACCUCUCUGCUCGUGAGCGUCGCGCUCUCCUGCACGCCCUCCAGAACACUACUCACCCCACCGCCUUCCGCUUCAUCAUGACUAGUGUCGAGUACACGCUCCGCAAGCAAUCUCACCCCAACUUCAUCCGCUGGACCAUCUGCAACGGCAACCGUCCUCGUGUCUUCUUCGCUCGCGGCCUCGGCAUCUUCGGUAUCAUCACCGGCCUCCUCGUCGACCUUUUACUCACACUCAGUCAUGCCAGCCGACCAUGGCGUCUCAUCGCCUUCCCUGCGUGGUUCAUCGGUAUCGCCACUCUCAUUGCCGCAUGGAAGGGCAUGUGUGUCGUGCUUCACGGUCUCCACCACCGCCAUCUUCGACCAUGGGAGCUCUUCGCCGAUGAGCCAGAGGAUGCUAUCAACGAGAAGCUCGUCUCGCAAGAGAGCCUCACAUCUGGGUCUUCCAACAGUUUUGAGGAUGAACCAUGGGUCCCACGAUACAAGAAACGCAACAUCCUCCGCAAAAUCCUCGACCGCCAGAUCUGGAUCGAGGAGCCCGCGCUCAGACAGAUCCAGGAUACGAUUUUCUUGCAGGCACUCUUGGCCAGCUUCGUCCUUUCUUGCGUCUUCGUGGGCAUUUUCUGCGCCGUGCCGAGGGGCAAGUUCUACUAG